AUGGAGGCAACCAGACAAACGAGAAUUUCUCGACCGCACAAGAUAAGUGAAUCCUCCAAGGUGUACAGAUGGGCUGACCACCCCAGUCUAGUCCUUCAGAGUCUGAAUGAGCAGAGACACCAAGGACUUUUCUGUGAUAUUAUUCUGGUGGUGGACGAACAAAGAGUCCCUGCCCACCGGAAUCUCCUGGCUGUUUGCAGUGACUACUUCAACUCCAUGUUCACCAUUGGCAUGCGAGAGGCCUAUCAAAAAGAGGUCGAACUAUUUGGAGCCUCUUACAUUGGUCUCAAAGCUGUGGUGGAUUUCCUAUAUGGCAGUGAGCUGUCCUUAGAUGGUGGCAACAUUGAUUAUGUGCUGGAAACAGCUCACCUGCUGCAGAUCUGGAAGGUGGUUGACUUCUGUUGUGAGUAUCUCGAAAAUGAGGUCAGCGAGGAGAACUACCUGUACCUUCAAGAGCUGGCCUCUAUUUACAACCUGAAACGCCUGGACUCCUACAUCGACUCUUUCAUCCUGCAGAACUUUGGCACGCUCUCUUUCACGCCUAACUUCCUGCAGAACAUUUCCAUCCAAAAACUCUGCCAGUAUUUGGGGAGCAGCAACGUGCAGCAGGAAUGUGAGCACGACUUGCUGCAGGCCGCCUUGCAGUGGCUGACACAAUACCCAGAAAGAGAAAACGAGGCUUACCAGGUACUGGACAACAUUCAUUUUCCCUUGAUACCGAAGAGUGACCUCCUCCAUCGAGUCAAGCCUGCUGUCUGCUCUCUUCUCCCGAAGGAAGCAAACUGUGAGGGGUUUAUAGAAGAAGCGGUGAACUAUCAUAAUAACAUCACAGCCCAGCCAGUGCUCCAGAACAAGCGGACGGCUUUGCGUACAAAUGAAGAGAGGCUCCUCUUUGUGGGUGGGGAGGUUUCGGAACGGUGCCUGGAGUUAAGCGAUGAUACCUGCUUCCUGGACACCAAAAAGGGGCAAUGGAUAACAGAAACGCCACUCCCAGCCAGGCGAAGUCACCACUGUGUUGCAGUGCUGGGAGGUUUCAUCUUCAUAGCUGGAGGCAGCUUUUCAAGAGACAAUGGAGGGGAUGCAGCUUCAAAUCUUCUAUAUAGGUAUGAUCCCCGCUGUAACCAGUGGAUAAAGGUUGCCUCCAUGAGACAACGACGAGUAGAUUUCUACCUUGCAGCCAUUACAGAUAUGCUGGUAGCUGUUGGUGGGAGGAAUGAAAAUGGGGCUCUUUCUUCAGCUGAGACCUAUAGCCCUCAAAAAGACGCCUGGUCUUAUAUAGCAGGCUUGCCAAGGUUUACCUAUGGGCAUGCUGGCACUGUCUACAAGGAAUUUGUUUAUAUCUCCGGGGGCCAUGAUUACCAAAUUGGUCCCUAUAGAAAAAAUCUCCUCUGCUAUGAUUACCGCACAGAUGUCUGGGAGGAAAAGCGGCCAAUGAUCACUGCUCGGGGGUGGCACAGCAUGUGCACCUUGGAGGACAAUAUCUAUUCCAUUGGCGGCAGUGAUGACAACAUAGAAACUAUGGCACGCUUUGACAUUCUGAGUGUGGAGUCUUACAGCCCUCAGUGUAACCAGUGGACCAGAGUCUCUCCCUUGUUUCAAGCAAACAGUGAGUCUGGAGUGGCAGUCUGGGAAGGCAAGAUUUAUAUUCUUGGAGGCUAUAGCUGGGAAGACACUGUCUUCUCCAAAACUGUCCAGGUGUAUGACAAGGAGAAAAACAAGUGGUACAGAGGAACUGACCUUCCCAAAGCUAUUGCUGGUGUGUCUGCGUGCGUCUGUGCAUUGAAACCCAGAAAGGAGGACAAAAAGAAAAAGACAAAAACGAAGAAGCAUCAGGAUCGGGGAAGAUGA